GAAACCGACGACUGGCUCAGUAGAGCCGGCCGCCGACGCAGCCGCCGGACCUUCUGGCGAACAACAGCUUCUCCAGCGGCAGACGCAGGCCUGGCUCCAGUACCAGGCGCUCCACCAAGCGGCGCUCGCAGCGGCGCUGGCGGCACCCCCACGCGGGCUCGACUGGACGACGCCGGGCUUCCAGACGCCGCCGCCGCUGGCGGCCGGAACGAAAGGGGGCGCCGCCGCUGCUUGGCCAACGGCGCCCUCGCAGGGCGACGGGGCUGGCACCGCCGCCGCUGCUUGGCCCGCCUCGGCUACCGCCGCCGGCUGGCUACCGACGGCUCCGACAGCGCCAGCGCCCUCGGCAGGGCUUGCUACAGGGGCUCCGCCUGGGAAGCCCGGCGCCGCCGCCGGACCGGAGCACUGGGCGGCCACGGCGGCAGCGGCCGCCGCCACCGCCGCCUGGCCCGGCACGGCGCACGCAGCACCAGGCGCGCUCUCGACAGGGCCAGCGACGGGGGCGCACGCGGCCGCGAAGCCCGGCGCCGCCGCCGCCGCCGCCUGGCCCACAGCCGCGCCCCUGCCGGGGGUGGUGGUGGGCACGGCUGCCGCCACCGCCUGGCCGGGCACGCUGCCCGCGCCUUGGACUGGGCUUGCCGCUGGCGCGCCCCCACCCACGCCCGGCGCCUGGACGGGCAGCACGGCGCCCGCAGCAGCAGAAGCGCCCUGUGCAGGGCUUGCUGCGGAGGCGCACGCGGCCGCGCCCGGCGCCGCCGCAGCCACUGGGCCACCGCCCCCGCCGGGAGGGGCGGCCACGGCUGCCGUCACCGCCUGGCCUGGCACGGCGCCCUCGCCCUGGGCAGGGCUCGCGGCCAGGGCGCCUCCGACGGCCGGCGCCGCCGCCAAGCCGCCGACCGCGCCCGCCGCGGGGUCGCUGCUCUCGCUGGGGAAGGGGGCCGCCGACGCCGCCGCUUGGCCGCCCGCGGCAACCGCCGCCUGGCCGGCCGCGGCGCUUCUGGAAGCAGCGCCCUUGGCAGGGCUGGCUGAGGGGCUGCCCCCGACGCGCGCCGCGGCGGCCGCCCCGCGGGCGGAGGGCGGGCCGGCCUGGGCCAGCGCGACGGCAGGUGCCGCACUCCCAGCGCCGCCGCAGGGGCCACUCGGGGCGAAGCAGGACGGGCUGCCGCAGGCGCUGGGCUUCGCCGGGCACUCCCGCGCGCCGGAGCAGCAGCCGCGCCCGACCUUGCAGACGGCUCCGGAGGCGCUCGGGGCAGGACCGGGAGGGCUGGGGGCCGCCGCCUGGAAGGGCAACCCGGCUGCCCCUUUCCCGGCGGCGGCGCCGAAGGCCACUGGACCGCCCCCGGGGGGGCCCGCCGCGGCGGCAGCGGGCGCCGCCGCGCUUGAGGACGGCGCGGGCUUCACGGAGUGCUUCGCGGACGCCGUCCGGGAGGCCCUCGACCGCGUCGAGGCCGACGGGGCUGAGCCGCGGGACGCGGUGGAGGCGGUCGCCGCGAUCGGGGCGAGCGCUGAGGCCGGGGUGCGGGCCUUUAAGGCCAAACUGGCCCAGGCCAGCGCCACGGCCCGGGUGGAGUUCGCGGGGAAAGUGGAGAGCCAGCUGGGAAUGGCACGGCGCCUGGCCAGCUUCGGCACCAUCCAGGUCCGCGUAGAGACGGUCGAGCGCGAGGCCGGCCGGAUCUUUCACAGGGCCCAGCCGGGGGAGUGGACGGCGUCCGAAGGCGGGGACGACCGGAAAUGGGUGUUGCGCCUGCGCAUCCCGUCCAGGGCGACGAAGAGGGUCAUCACCAAGGUGAGCGUGCAGGCCGACGCCUCUACAGGCGUCCUGGUGGCGAGUGGCAUUCGUGCCAACUUCGAAGAGUUCGCGGAGCACUGGAUCGCCGCCUUCGGCGCCGUGUCCCGGGUCAGCGCGACGCUCACGACGUACAGCACCGGGCGUGGCUCCAUGCACGCCUUCCUGGUGCCGCCCGGCUGA